GGGCGUGUGCCGGGGCGCGCUUCGGCUGGGUUCGGAAGGGUUCGGCCGUGCUCGGCUUCGCUCGGCUGGGUUCGGCGGGGCUCGGCUCCCCCCGCCCGGCCGCACAUUGUCCGGGCGGCGGCGGCGGAGCGCCCCGGCGCCCGGUGCCAAUGCGGGGGGGGCGCUGCGCACCGGGGGCGCCUCCACCACCGCGGUGGAAACUUCACCUCGCCGCCGGCCCGACGCACGGCUGAGGGCCCCCCCCCGCCACGGCUGCUCGGCUUUUGGGGCGUUUUGCGAAGAAAAACGUCGUUAUUCCGCCGCAAACUUCCGCUCCGCGCAUCCCUCCGUGGCGCGGGGGAGGGGGGGGCUUGCAGGUCGGGGUGCUCCUGGAGGUCCUGAGCUGGGGUCGGCUGGAAGAUGACCGAGUACAAGCUGGUGGUGGUGGGAGCUGGUGGCGUGGGGAAGAGUGCGCUGACGAUACAGCUCAUCCAGAACCAUUUCGUUGAUGAGUAUGACCCCACGAUAGAGGAUUCCUACAGAAAGCAAGUGGUCAUUGACGGAGAGACCUGUCUGCUGGACAUCUUGGACACAGCGGGACAAGAGGAGUACAGCGCCAUGCGAGACCAGUACAUGAGGACGGGGGAGGGAUUCCUCUGCGUCUUCGCCAUUAACAACACCAAGUCCUUCGAGGAUAUCCACCAGUACAGGGAGCAGAUCAAGAGGGUGAAGGACUCAGAUGAUGUCCCCAUGGUGCUGGUGGGGAACAAAUGUGACCUGCCAGCCCGGACGGUGGAGACGCGGCAAGCACAGGACCUGGCCCGGAGUUACGGGAUCCCCUACAUAGAAACGUCGGCCAAAACCAGACAGGGCGUCGAGGAUGCCUUCUACACCUUAGUGCGGGAGAUCCGGCAGCACAAACUGCGCAAGCUGAAUCCUCCCGACGAGAGCGGCCCCGGCUGCAUGAACUGUAAAUGUGUCGUCUCGUGACUGCGCUGACUGGACCGCGACUUGGAGAGGUUUCCCCUGUGCAGAGCGCGAGGAAAGGUGAAGCGAAGGAAGAAACAAACGGAUCUGGGGGAGGAGUACAGGGGGAGAGGAAGAGGAGGAGGAGGAAGAGGACGGGGGGAGCAUCAGCCCCUCCAAGGACUAUCUCGCACUUCACCCGGGCCUGCAGCAAACGACUUUUUUUUUUUCUUUCCCCAUCCCCUCCUCCCUUUGGCCUCCUCCCACCCCCGGCAACUGUACAAAGCCACAGAUUGAAUCACAGUAAAUUAUUAUUUGAUGGUCUCGACAAA